ACCUCAGCGACUCCGGCUGCUCUGCGGACUGCGAGCUGUGGCGGUAGAGCCCGCUACAGCAGUCGCAGUCUCCGUGGAGCGGGCGGAAGCCUUUUUUCUCUCUUUCGUUUACCUCUUCAUUCUACUCUAAAGGCAUCGUUAUUAGUGUUGUGCGGGUUAAUACAACAAACUGUAACAAGUGUACCUGGUAUGGACUUGUUGUCCGGGACGUACAUUUUCGCGGUCCUGCUAGCAUGCGUGGUGUUCCACUCUGGCGCCCAGGAGAAAAACUACACCAUCCGAGAAGAAAUGCCAGAAAACGUCCUGAUAGGCGACUUGUUGAAAGACCUUAACUUGUCGCUGAUUCCAAACAAGUCCUUGACAUCUGCUAUGCAGUUCAAGCUAGUGUACAAGACUGGAGAUGUGCCACUGAUUCGAAUUGAAGAGGAUACUGGUGAGAUCUUCACUACUGGCGCUCGCAUUGAUCGUGAGAAAUUAUGUGCUGGUAUCCCAAGGGAUGAGCAGUGCUUUUAUGAAGUGGAGGUUGCCAUUUUGCCGGAUGAAAUAUUUAGACUGGUUAAGAUACGUUUUCUGAUAGAAGAUAUAAAUGAUAAUGCACCAUUGUUCCCAGCAACGGUUAUCAACAUAUCAAUUCCAGAGAACUCGGCUAUAAACUCUAAAUAUACUCUCCCAGCGGCUGUUGAUCCUGACGUAGGAAUAAACGGAGUUCAAAACUACGAACUAAUUAAGGGUCAAAACAUUUUUGGCCUCGAUGUCAUUGAAACACCAGAAGGAGACAAAAUGCCACAACUGAUUGUUCAAAAGGAGUUAGAUAGGGAAGAGAAGGAUACCUACGUGAUGAAAGUAAAGGUUGAAGAUGGUGGCUUUCCUCAGAGAUCCAGUACUGCUAUUUUGCAAGUAAGUGUUACUGAUACAAAUGACAACCACCCAGUCUUUAAGGAGACAGAGAUUGAAGUCAGUAUACCAGAAAAUGCUCCUGUAGGCACUUCAGUGACACAGCUCCAUGCCACAGAUGCUGACAUAGGUGAAAAUGCCAAGAUCCACUUCUCUUUCAGCAAUCUAGUCUCCAACAUUGCCAGGAGAUUAUUUCACCUUAAUGCCACCACUGGACUUAUCACAAUCAAAGAACCACUGGAUAGGGAAGAAACACCAAACCACAAGUUACUGGUUUUGGCAAGUGAUGGUGGAUUGAUGCCAGCAAGAGCAAUGGUGCUGGUAAAUGUUACAGAUGUCAAUGAUAAUGUCCCAUCCAUUGACAUAAGAUACAUCGUCAAUCCAAUCAAUGACACAGUUGUUCUUUCAGAAAAUAUUCCACUCAACACCAAAAUUGCUCUCAUAACUGUGACGGAUAAGGAUGCGGACAAUAAUGGCAGGGUGACAUGCUUCACAGAUCAUGAAAUUCCUUUCAGAUUAAGGCCAGUAUUCAGUAAUCAGUUCCUUCUGGAGACUGCAGCAUAUCUUGACUAUGAGUCCACAAAAGAAUAUGCCAUUAAAUUACUGGCUGCAGAUGCUGGCAAACCUCCUUUGAAUCAGUCAGCAAUGCUCUUCAUCAAAGUGAAAGAUGAAAAUGACAAUGCUCCAGUUUUCACCCAGUCUUUCGUAACUGUUUCUAUUCCUGAGAAUAACUCUCCUGGCAUCCAGUUGACGAAAGUAAGUGCAACGGAUGCAGAUAGUGGUCCUAAUGCUGAGAUCAAUUACCUGCUAGGCCCUGAUGCUCCACCUGAAUUCAGCCUGGAUCGUCGUACAGGCAUGCUGACUGUAGUGAAGAAACUAGAUAGAGAAAAAGAGGAUAAAUAUUUAUUCACAAUUCUGGCAAAAGAUAACGGGGUGCCACCCUUAACCAGCAAUGUCACAGUCUUUGUAAGCAUUAUUGAUCAGAAUGACAAUAGCCCAGUUUUCACUCACAAUGAAUACAACUUCUAUGUCCCAGAAAACCUUCCAAGACAUGGUACAGUAGGACUAAUCACUGUAACUGAUCCUGAUUAUGGAGACAAUUCUGCAGUUACGCUCUCCAUUUUAGAUGAGAAUGAUGACUUCACCAUUGAUUCACAAACUGGUGUCAUCCGACCAAAUAUUUCAUUUGAUAGAGAAAAACAAGAAUCUUACACUUUCUAUGUAAAGGCUGAGGAUGGUGGUAGAGUAUCACGUUCUUCAAGUGCCAAAGUAACCAUAAAUGUGGUUGAUGUCAAUGACAACAAACCAGUUUUCAUUGUCCCUCCUUCCAACUACUCUUACGAAUUGGUUCUACCAUCCACUAAUCCAGGCACAGUGGUCUUUCAGGUAAUUGCUGUUGACAAUGACACUGGCAUGAAUGCAGAGGUUCGUUACAGCAUUGUAGGAGGAAACACAAGAGAUCUGUUUGCAAUAGACCAAGAAACAGGCAACAUAACAGUGACUGAGAAAUGUGAUGUUACAGACCUUGGUUUACACAGAGUGUUGGUCAAAGCUCAUGACUUAGGACAACCUGAUUCUCUCUUCAGUGUUGUAAUUGUCAAUCUGUUCGUGAAUGAGUCACUGACCAAUGCUACACUGAUUAAUGAACUGGUGCGCAAAAGCACCGAAGCACCAGUGACCCCAAAUACUGAGAUAGCUGAAGCAUCCUCACCAACUAGUGACUAUGUCAAGAUCCUGGUUGCAGUUGUUGCUGGCACCAUAACUGUCGUUGUAGUUAUUUUCAUCACUGCUGUAGUAAGAUGUCGCCAGGCACCACACCUUAAGGCUGCUCAGAAAAACAAGCAGAAUUCUGAAUGGGCUACCCCAAACCCAGAAAACAGGCAGAUGAUAAUGAUGAAGAAAAAGAAAAAGAAGAAGAAGCAUUCCCAUAAGAACCUGCUGCUUAACUGUGUCACUAUUGAAGAAACUAAGGCAGAUGAUGUUGACAGUGAUGGAAACAGAGUCACACUAGACCUUCCUAUUGAUCUAGAAGAGCAAACCAUGGGAAAGUACAAUUGGGUAACUACACCUACUACUUUCAAGCCCGACAGCCCUGAUUUGGCCCGACACUACAAAUCUGCCUCUCCACAGCCUGCCUUCCAGAUUCAGCCUGAAACUCCUCUGAAUUCGAAGCACCACAUCAUCCAAGAACUGCCUCUCGAUAACACCUUCGUGGCCUGUGAUUCUAUCUCCAAGUGUUCCUCAAGCAGUUCAGAUCCCUACAGCGUUUCUGAGUGUGGCUAUCCAGUGACGACCUUCGAGGUACCUGUGUCUGUACACACCAGACCGCCAAUGAAGGAGGUUGUGCGAUCUUGCACCCCCAUGAAAGAGUCUACAACUGUGGAGAUCUGGAUUCAUCCCCAACCACAGCGGAAAUCCGAAGGGAAAGCGGCAGGAAAGUCCCAGCGGCGUGUCACAUUUCACCUGCCAGAAGGCUCUCAGGAAAGCGGCAGUGAUGGUGGACUGGGCGACCAUGAUGCAGGCAGCCUUACCAGCACAUCCCAUGGCCUGCCCCUUGGCUAUCCUAAGGAGGAGUACUUUGAUCGUGCCACACCCAACAAUCGCACUGAAGGGGAUGGCAACUCCGAUCCUGAAUCAACUUUCAUACCUGGACUAAAGAAAGCUGCAGAAAUAACUGUUCAACCAACUGUGGAAGAGGCCUCUGACAACUGCACUCCAGAAUGUCUCAUCUAUGGCCAUUCUGAUGCCUGCUGGAUGCCGGCAUCUCUGAAUCAUUCCAGCUCUUCGCAAGCACAGGCCUCUGCUCUAUGCCACAGCCCACCACUGUCACAGGCCUCUACUCAGCACCACAGCCCACCGGUGACACAGACCAUUGCUCUCUGCCACAGCCCUCCAGUGACACAGACCAUCGCAUUGUGCCACAGCCCUCCACCGAUACAGGUCUCUGCUCUCCACCACAGUCCUCCUCUAGUGCAGGCUACUGCACUUCGCCACAGCCCACCAUCAGCACAGGCCUCAGCCCUCUGCUACAGCCCUCCUUUAGUACAGGCUGCUGCAACCAGCCACAGCUCUCCUCUGCCACAGGUUACUGCCCUCCAUCGCAGUCAGGCCCAAUCAUCAGUCAGUUUGCAGCAAGGUUGGGUGCAAGGUGCUGAUGGACUACGCUCUGUUGAUCAGGGAGUGCAAGGUAGUGCAACAUCUCAGUUUUACACCAUGUCUGAAAGACUUCAUCCCAGUGAUGAUUCAAUUAAAGUCAUUCCUUUGACAACCUUCACUCCACGCCAACAGGCCAGACCCUCCAGAGGUGAUUCCUCCAUUAUGGAAGAACAUCCCUUGUAAAGCUAAAAUAGUUACUUCAAAUUUUCAGAAAAGAUGUAUGCAGUCAAAAUUUAAGAUACAAUUCCAAUGAGUAUUCUGAUUAUCAGAUUUGUAAAUAGCUAUGUAAAUAGAAACAGAUACCAGAAUAAAUCUACAGCUAGACCCUUAGUCAAAAGUUAACCAAAAAAUUGCAAUUUGUUUAAUUCAGAAUGUGUAUUUAAAAAGAAAAGGAAUUUAACAAUUUGCAUCCCCUUGUACAGUAAGGCUUAUCAUGACAGAGCGUACUAUUUCUGAGGUACAGUAUUUUUUGUUGUUUCUAUCAUCAUGUGCAAUAUUACUGAUUUGUUUCCACGCUGAUUGUGUGGAACCAGUAUGUAGCAAAUGGAAAGCCUAGAAAUAUCUUAUUUUCUAAGUUUACCUUUAGUUUACCUAAACUUUUGUUCAGAUAACUUUAAAAGGUUUACAUACUCUAGCCUUUUUUUGGGCUUUCUGUUUGAUUUUUGUUUGUUGUUUUCAGUUUUUUUUGUUGUUGUUAGUGAGUCUCCCUUCGAAAUACACAGUUGGUAAUGUAAAUACUGCUUGUUGUGUCUCUCUCUCUCUGCUUUCAUGUUUUCUACCUUAUUCCAAUACUAUAUUGUUGAUAAAAUUUGUAUAUACAUUUUCAAUAAAGAAUAUGUAUAAACUGUACAGAUCUAGAUCUACAACCAAUUUCUCUACUCUUUAGUAGAGUUCGAGACACAGAAGUGCAAUAACUGCCCAAAUUAAGCAACUAUUUGCUAAAAAGGGCCUCUUUUUACUUUAAUAGUUUAGCAUAAAGUACAUCAGAAAUAAAACUGUAUCUGCCAUUUUAAGCCUGUAGUCCAUUAUUACUUGGGUCUUUACUUCUAGGAAUUUGUAUGUAACAGCCUAGAAAAUUAAAAGGAGGUGGAUGCAUCCAAAGCACGAGUCACUUACAAUAUCGACGAUAAACUACUAUUUUGUAGAGAAACUCAGGAAGAUUUAAAUGUUGAUUUGACAGCUCAAUAGGCUGUUACCAAAGGGUGUUCGGUACAAAUAACAAAUACAUAUAACUGUAGAUAAAACCAUAUAUUAAAUCUAUAAGACUAAGGGAUUUUUGUUAUUCUAGCUCAACUUACUUACUGAAGAAAACCACUAAUAACAACAAGAAUAUCAGGAAGGAACUUUUCAAGAAAUGUAAUUAUAAAUCUACAUCAAACAUAGAAUUUUAAGGAAAAAUGCAGAGGGAGAAAUAAGGCACAUGACUGCUUCUUGCAGUCAACAAGAAAUACCCCAAUAACACACACAGAACAAAAACCAUCAAAAUCUCAUAUAUGAAAUAAAAUAAUAUAUUCUUCUAAGCAAAGAAACAGUACUAUUAAUAGAAAACAUUAGUUUUCUUCUGUUGUCUGUUAUUUCCUUCUUGUAUCCUCUUAACUGGCCAUUGUCUUCUACGUGCACAUUUUAUAAAUGUACAGAAACAUCACCAACUUAAUUUUCUUCCAUAGCAAAAGUGAGAAAAUACCUUGUUUCAGUAUAAUACUAAACCAAGAGACAAUUGAUG